AAUCUCGGUUGCUCGUGAUGUCCCCAUCUAGAACCACUUUGACUGCCUACUCGACCACUUUCUCUUGUUCCAGACGCAUUGCUGGCAAGGGUCACCAGAUUCAAUACUUCGACAACUAGGACAACCCGAUUCUUGCCAUUGAAUGCGCCGCCGCGAUCCAUAACCGCCGCCAUGUUGGCACUCCGCGACCAAGAAAACCUGGUGCAUAAUCACCAGACAGUCGCCGCGUCGAAACCCUUGAAUCAAGGCGUGAGACACCUACAGCCGAAGACGCCCGGAGCUCGAGCACCGAAAACGCCCUUCAAGGUCCCCUUGAACAAUGAAAAUGAUCCCUUAGCUUUUGGGAAGAGGACUGUGAAGGGAGCAGGUAAACAGAAGGAGCUCGCCAAAGAUGCCUUCAUUACCCCACUAGCGGACCCCCGUUCACGAGCCCCUUUGGGUAUGAAAACCACAAAUGCCAAAGCUAGAGGCCUACAGACCCCCGCACCGCCUGGAGGGACGGCGAAGCCAGAGAAGACAACCAAAAGGGGCUCAACUCAGAGAGUGAAGAAGUUCUCUCCCUUUGUCGAGCAGGCGCAGCCAGAAAUACAGUCCAUGCCAGUGCAGGAUGACGUUCCUGAUAUUGAGUAUAUGCCGCCCAAGCCCAAAGAUCUUCCGGACCAUCCUGACGAAAUCACAUACGAUACUACAUUCCCUCAAUUCCAGCCGAAGAACCUUGCACGGGGGUUGGAGAGCGUGUAUGGAGGGGACAAUGAAAUUGGGCCUGAUGGACUUACCAGAAAAGAGCGCAAAUUUCAGAGAGACUCGGCCGCCUACGACAAAAUGGUUGAUGAUAUGAUUCUGAAGCAAGUCGAGAGUAUCGGUUUCGAGGAGCCAUCUGAAGCCGAACAAUCUGAGGAUCCUCCUGUGGAGGAGACGAUGAAACGUCGUAUCGUUACCCGCCGUACCAGGGCGACCGCGGGCUUGGCCAGAAGCACUAGCAAUGUCUCUACGAUCCGGGCUCGUGAUGCUGCUACCGCCCUCUCCGGCACAUAUCGAUCAGUCCCCCGCACUCGAUCGGCUGCUUUGACUAAACCGACGACAAAGGUGACAACGUCCCUGUUUGCUCCAAAGAAGCCCAGGAUCCCUAGCAACUCAUCGUCCAUGCAUCAUACCGCAGUGGAAGCGAACUCCAAGACGACUUUGGGGUACACUCGAGGCCGCGAGGUGUCGUCUAGAAUGAGUAAUAGGACAACCACUCCGAUAGACCGGGAUACAGUUUCGAAGGGCAUCAUGUCUCCGGAAACCUACCUGCAUCCUUCUGGCACGCCACCCCUGACCUCCAGGCGAGACGGACUUCCCAUCUUGGGUGCUGAUGAGGAGCUCCCGGUCUACGGGGAAGAUGAAGAAGCUCAGAAUUUUCAAUUGACGCUGUGAUGACUAUUUCGCAUAUGAGAGCAAAGGCCUACAAACUCGGGGGGAGGGUUCGGUGUCUCAGAAAGUUGAUCCCUUUUUUUUUUUUUUUU